CUGCCAAGAAGAAACGGAACAGAACCUGACUCUGUCGCACGUAUACUUGUCCUUGGCCUUUUCGAGCUGGACAAAGCCAUGUUUCGCAUCUCGCUGCUGACGAUCGCGUGGUACCUCACUGUGGGGGCGGUGCUGCCAGCCGCCCUGCUGCUGCUGGUGCUGCAGCGCAGUCACUGCUGCCGCAAGCUGUUCGCCAAUUGGGUCUUCUACCCGCUGCUCAACACGCUCAUCAAGGACUCCUUCGAGGGCAUCCGGAGGGAGAUCCUGUACGAGCUCAACGACCUCGUCUCGCACGACCCAGAGCUGCGGAAGGAGGACGCCAUCCGCGUGCUCGAAGUCAACGUUGGGUCCGGACGAAACUUCGACCACAUGUUCAGGAAGAUCAGGUACGUGGCAGUAGACCGGACAUCGACUGCCCGGUCGAUGUUUCUUCGGCGCCAGAGCCAGUUCGAGCACAUCGUGCUGGAGCAGUGGCUGCUGAUCGGUGGCGAGGACCUGGCCCAGGUGCCGGACAACCACGUGGACGCGGUCAUUGCUACGCACGUGCUUUGCAGCGUCAACGACACCCGCAAGCUGGUCAGCGAGUGCCGAAGAGUCCUUGCUCCUGGUGGCAAGCUGCUCUUCAUGGAGCACGUGGCCUGUCCGCGGGACUCGUGGGUCUAUCAGCUGCAGCUGUUCCUGGACCCGCUGUGGCAGCUGCUCACGUGUGGCUGCCACCUGAGUCGCGACACCAGCUCCGCCAUCGUCGAGGGUGGCUUCCGCGAGGUGUGCCUCAAGGAGGUGUACCUGCCUAUCCUGACGCUGAUUAACCGGCAAGUCUACGGAGUGGCCACCAAAUCGGGCGCACCAGGCGCCGUGUACCGGAUGAACAGCCGGCGCAUGCCCCCGCCGCUGCUCUCCAGGCAUGCUAGACCCGCUCAGUCGAAAUCGGUGGUGUCCGAGGAACAGCCUUCGGAGAGCCUGGGGUCGGAGGCGGGACCACUAGCUGUUGCAGUCCCAUCGACAGCGUAGUCGUGAGGGCCGCGUCAUUAAGUAACGGUGUUAUUAAAACUCAUGUCUGUCCACGCAA